GGUGAAAUGUUUAUCGUGUUUUUUCCGUGUUCGUUGCUAUUACAGUACAAACAAUGUAACGUAAAUAUGCAGCAAGUCUUCCUGAACAAUUUUCUAUACGAGUACUAUGUAAAUUUUUCAGUAAAUGUUCGGAUUUUUAACUUUUUGUACAUGACACACCGCUGCGUCGAAAAUAUGAGGUUCGCUGUUCGGCUGUAUAUUUCUGUUUACGAGAGGGAGUUGUCCAAUAUGAAGUAUGUGAUAAAAACUACAAACACGCAGCUACAUUUUCACGUGCCAUUCACCUGCGAACAUUCAUUCAAAGCUAAAAAACAAAGCUCGAAUGUUAAGGUUUAUUUACCACUUCUUCAGUGUCAUAGAAUCGUGGCGUCCGACAUAUCAGGUAGGUCUCUCUCCGUGGUCCGCGCUUAGAACGUAAGACCGCGGUAUACCGCGUCGGUCUUCUUAGUAGAAAAUUUCCAUAAGCUUAUCGUUGUUCAUUGAGUUGGUUCGGAACUUGUUUUUUGUGAGUUUUACACCAUAAUCAACCGUAAACGAGGAAACAUGGAGAGCAAGGCUAAUUCUAGCACUGCUGCGAUCGAAACCGCUGAAAACCUAACCGUGCCAGCGAAAAAGGCAGGUAAAGCUAAGGCAAAAUCGCAACAUACGAAAGCGACGCAUCCGCCAACUUCCGAGAUGGUCCAUGCCGCUAUCAGAGAGCUGAAAGAUCGCAAAGGAUCAUCCGUGCAAGCUAUCAAGAAGUACAUCACUACGACGUACGAGGUGGACGGAGAGAAAUUUGCUCCGUUCAUUAAACGAUACUUGAAAUCCGCCGUGACAUCUGGAGCUGUAGUCCAGACUAAGGGUAAAGGGGCAUCCGGUUCUUUCAAACUUUCUAUGGGAAGAACUGACAGAUCGAAAUUGAAGAAGGGGUUGCGAUCGUUGAAGAAACUUGAAUCGCAGAAUGUGCCUUCGGUCGAGAAGAAGACCGUGGCCAAGAAAACUGUAAGCAAGAAGGUGGCAGCUUCACCUAAGAAAGCUGUUGCAGAAAAGAAGGCAGCACCAGUCAAGAAAGCUGCAGCAAAAACCACUGCUGCAAAAUCUAAGGCUGACGUUAAGACUGUGUCCAAGUCUAAGAAGACCACGAAAGCUCCUGCUGCGAAAACCAGAAUUCCCAAACCCAAGAAGGCUGCGGCUAAAUCAGCCAAAAAAUAAUUCCCUUUCCCAAUGAUGGCAUUUGAUCUUCAUAAAAAACGGUCCUUUUCAGGACCAUCAAAUAUUUAAUACGAGGAACUACUUUCGUUCUACACUUAGAACAAUUCUUUUAAUAAAUUACAGCAUUACUCCUACUGAAAUAAUUAUAUGCGUAUAUACCAUGCAACCAUUAUGGUUUGUUUUCAAAUAUAUGAAACCACAGAAAUAUUUUUAGGUACAUCAUCGGAUAUACGCAUAUUGAUGAACUAAUGAAAUAAAUAUAAAAUUAUCCUGUUAUGUUCCUAUAUUCCUCCUCCUCAUAUAUUUAAUGAAUUUUAACCUCUUAGAAGAUUUGAAACGAUUCACUGAAGCAAGCUUUCAAUUUAAGGUUAGGUUCGAACUGUCAGCGGGAAAACUUGUUUAUACACUCCGUCCGAAUGCAUAUCACGAAUAGUUUCGAAAAUAUUAGCGCUAUUUUUAGAUGAGCUUUAAAGAAAUGUAGUUUCGAAGAUUUUUAGAGAAAAUAGUAGUAGGUGAAUAGAAGGCACGCAUAGAAUACUGAUUUGAUAACGGGUUCGUACCGUUCAUGCGUCAACAACAUAUUUCCUUAUUUUCAAAUAUCUUUUAAACGUUUAAAAUAUAUUCUAAGAGAAAAAUUAUAUUUGUAAGAAGUUAACAAUAGGACAACGUAAUGAACAAUAAUGUGCCUUGCAAAAUCUAUGCCUGGGAAACAAAUUUCAUUUGCGUCUUGUGUUCGAGGCCCGUAACUAAAAUGGCGCAUCUUUUCUCUGAACUUCGUAGUCUGCAAUGCAUUUACCAAAGAAGGUUUAUAAAAAAUAUCUCCUGACUUAAACGUCAUAUUUUCCGUUAGCGACACAAAAUACUGGGAGGUAGAACUGAAUAGAGUACAAAUUGAAACUACUGUACGAAAACA